GUCUCUUUGGUUUUUCUUUGGAAAGGGAAAAAAAAAUGGGAGCUCUUGAUUAUCUCUCCAACUUUUGCAUUCUCACACCAACAAGAACCAAGCACAAACCAAUGCAGACGGUCGAAAUCAAAGUGAAGCUGGAUUGUGACGGAUGUGAAAGAAGAGUUCGAAACGCUGUCUCUUCUAUGAAAGGCGUGAAGACGGUGGAGAUGAUGAGAAAGCAACACAGGGUGAGGGUUAGUGGGUAUGUUGAUGCCCAAAAAGUGCUUAAGAGAGUAAAAAGCACUGGAAAAAGAGCCGAGUUUUGGCCUUAUAUUCCUCAACAUCUUGUUCAUUACCCUUACGCCUUAGGUGCUUAUGACAAGAAAGCUCCUGCUGGGUUUGUUAGGAAUGUUGUGCAAGCUUUUCCAUCUGCUCAUGAACAAAACUAUGCCUCUAUUUUUAGUGAUGACAAUGUUCAUGCUUGUUCUAUCAUGUAGCUCUUUUUGUCGAACGUGUUCGAUCGGACAUGACGAGUUUGAACGUAUAAAGCGUUGAAUUUGUUCGAGUUCGUCAAUUGAGUUGUGGCAUGUUGUCGUUGCUAUUGCUGGUGAUGUAACUCUUUGUUCUCUUUCGUGUUGGUACACUACAGAAAUAAUGAAUACA